AUGACUGCUAUCUACGAAUCUCUUCUCCUCAAGCUGGUGACUGUGCUGGAAUUGACCCAGCAAUCCGAGAGUACACCCACCACACAGACCAGGCAGGCACUUGUCCAAGCAACAACUGAUUUCCGGGAAAGUCUCAAACAAGCUAAAGAACUCGCUAGCACGCUUCCAGGCGGGGAGCUUUCUGUAGACGAGCAAGAGGACGUUAUCGAAAUGUUAUUCAGGCUACGAGAUCGCAAACAGCAACAGCUGGCGGAAUUUGCUGCCAAUGUUCAAUCCAUGUUUGCGGCCACUGCUGCCGAAGGCGUCAUGAUGGACGUCGACUCAACCGCUUCUACUCCCUCUUGA